CACAUACACACAUACACACACAUGCACACACGCACCCACACACAUAUACACCCACGCACACACACACACAGACAUAUUAAUUACUGUAGUAUGAAUUGAGGUGCCUUUUCAAUCUAAAGUUACUCUUAAAGUAAGCCAGUUAAAACAUUGUGAAGACAUCUACAUUAUUGCACUGUAAAUAACAACUGGAUUAUUAUUAUUAUUUGACCUAUAUUAAGCAGGAUGGAAAUAAUGACAUCAGUGUUCUUUUUUUGCACUGAGGGUGUUUAUCAGCAGAUGCUUGUGCAGCUCUUGUGCACCCAAAUCAUUAAACAGCCAAUCAAAUCUGCCCCUGACAUGUGCCCUCCUACUGUUCAGUGAAUGACAAGAAAUUAUUACCUCAAGUCCUCCUCUUAUCUGUACAGUUUGAGUUUUACAGCGCAGAGGACAAACAGGGUCUCAGGCAGAGCAGAGUCUCCAGAAGAGGAGAGUUCAGAUACAGUGAUGCCGCCACUCUGUGCUGUUCUUGUGCUUUUCAGCAAAGUCUAUGGUCUGCUUGGGAAGAGCAUAGUUCAGCCUGAUGUGCUGGUGACAGCUCAGCUUGGAGACACUGUGACUCUCUCAUGUUUCUAUGCUAAAGAUGAUGUGCAAUGGUACAGAUGGCUUAAGCAGCCUCUUGGACAGAAGCCUGAGCAAUUGUUAAAGAUAUUCAAUUCUGAACCUUAUACUAUAUAUUUCAAUGAUUUUAUAAACAGUACACGCCUCAGUGCUAAAGCAGCAAAGGGGACCUCGAACCUGACUGUGUCACAAGUAGAGCCGUCGGAUUCAGCCACAUACUACUGCGCUAUUUUGCUCUACAAUGAUAUCACCUUUGUAGAAGGAACUACAUUAAUGGUGCUGGGGUCAGAGUCACACGGCAGGACAGUAGUACUGCAGCAGCCCGAGUCUGAGUCAGUGCAUUGUGGAGACUCUGUAACUCUGCAGUGUACAGUACACACUGAGACCUGUGCAGGAGAACACAGUGUGUACUGGUUCAGACAGGGCUCAGGAGAGUCCCCUCCAGGAAUCAUUUACACCCAUGGAACCAGGAGUGAUGAGUGCCAGAGGAGCUCUGGGGCUGUGUCUCCCACACAGAGCUGUGUCUACAAAUUCCCCAAGAGGAACCUCAGCCCCUCUGAUGCUGGGACUUACUACUGUGCUGUGGCCACCUGUGGGGAGAUCCUGUUUGGGAGUGGGACCAAGCUGGAUUUUGAGGGAGGUGAAUUAUCCACGCUUGUCUGGCUCUCGAUCAUACGGACUGUAGUUCUCUGUUGCAUGUUGCCCAUAUUUGUCCUCAUCUAUUGCAAAAAGGCAUAAAUAAUAAUGCUAAUACGGGAUUCAUAUAAUUAUAUCAGCAUGUGUGUCAUGUUCAUUUUAAUAUCUCCUUCUGGGUAUUCUUUUUCUCCUUUCUCUUGUUAUUCAAAUUUUUUUUCCAGAGAACAAUACCUGUUCACAAAUUCACCAGGUGUAUUAAUCCUAAUGUGCUGUUCUGACUAAGUUGGCAGAACAGCCUGAGACAGCUGAUGUUACUCAAACAAUGUAAUGCAAUUAAACUUAAUUCCAGUCAUUU